AUGAAAGUUCAAAUCAAAUUAUUGAUAUCGGUCGUAUUGUUGGUAACUUUGUUUGCCACCUUCACCGAGGCCAAAUACACCAAAGGUCACUUGAAGACCAGUUCUUCGUGGGCCUAUUUAGAUAAGUUCUGUUUUGGUAACCAUGGUCAGGGACAUUUCACAUUCUCUGGAAAAUCAAGCAGUCCAAACAUUGGAUUAUAUAUUUAUGAUGAUGUUCAAGGAUCAUGGAACUCUGUUUACAAAUCAAGCAAGACUUGUGAUGAAAAGACCAACAUCUCACUUCCAAUCAACCCACAACCAACUUUUGACGGUGAGAAAUAUACCUAUCCAGUAAAUGACUUUAUGCGUCCACAUUAUUGGUAUUUGGUUGCUGCCAACUGUCAAGACGACGACGGUAUCAACUUGGAAUACACUAUCAGUUGGAUCAAUGCUGGUGGCCUUUGGAAAGCUGAAUUCUCAUACGAUGAUCAAGGUCUUGAGGCCAUGUAUCUCGUCUACUUCUGGUUCUUCUUACUCUUGGGUGCAUACAGUUGUUACUCUGCUUGGGUUCUCAUGUCCACCAAAUCAUUCCACCCAAUUGUAAAAUUAUUAACCAUUUCAAUUAUUUUGGAAUUCCUUUCUGUUUUUAUCUUAUUGAUUCACUACGGUGCAUAUUCACAUGAUGGUGUUGGUGCUAAAGGUUUACAAGGUUUCGGUGAACUUUUGGAUUUGGGUGCUCAAUUGACAUUCAUCUUAUUGUUGAUUUUGAUUGCAAAGGGUUGGGCUAUCUCCAGAGUCACCAUCGAUGAGAAGAAGAUCAUUCUCGGUGUUAUGGGUAUUCUCUCAGCACUCUAUUUGAUUAUGUUCAUCUGGUACAAGGCUGGUCAAGACAAGGCAUCGACCGUCUACAUGUACGACACUGUUCCAGGUAUUAUUUUGUUGGUCGUCCGUUCACUCGCCAUGGUUUGGUUCAUGUGGUGCGGUUACAACACCUACAUGGAAGAGAACCACCCAGCCAAGCGUAAGUUCUACACCUACUUUGGAAUUGCAUUCGUCAUUUGGUUCUUGGCUUUGCCAUUCAUCUGUAUCGUUGCAUCGGCCGUCGAUUCAUGGAUUCGUCAAAAGGUCGUUCUCGCUUUCUACGUCACCUUUAACUUCUUGGCAUUGGCCGGUCUCUCCAUCCUUCUCUCGCCAUCGCGUGCCAGCGACUACUUUACCAUCUCUGGUCGUGUAGACACUGCCGGUUCAGUUCCAUAUGAAUCCAUCUAA